AUGGGCGAUACAGUUGCUUGCAGGAGCAGAGAGCUGACGUGCGCGCAUGGCUGCCACGCCAGUCGCCGCGUUUAUGUGGGCUUCGUGGACGGAAGCGUGCGCGCUAUCGCCGCGAACGUCCCGAGCGAUCCAGGCUGUCGGGAUGGCACUGAGCUAUCACUGACGCACGUGUAUUGGCAUCUGCGUGUGUGUGAAAACGCCGUAACGAAUGUUUGCGGCAUUGAAGCUAAUGAGAAGGAUAAAGGCACGCUGCUGUUUAUUGGCAGUGCAAGCGGUGAACUCGUGGUGCUGCGGGAACAGUUGGAGAUUCGGCGUUUCCAAUUAGAAGGCGCGAUACAGCAAAUUUGUGAUGAUGUGAGCGGGAUUUUUGUUGUAGGGGAUGCGCUGGGCAAUAUAUACGGUAUCACACUGUAUGAAAUCCUUUGGAAGGUGGGUGUGGGACCGUCAGAGAGACGACUUCCUGCUUUUGCGUCAAGAAACAGCGUUGGUUUGGAGUAUUUUUAUCCAGAUCGGGCCCAACCUACAGUGCAAGCGAUCACACAUGCAAGACUGCUGGAUGUGGAGAAGACACUGUCCAACUACAUCCUUGUUGCAACUGGCCAAAAGUACUUAGUGCUGACCAAUUGUGGCAAAGAAUUCGGUACGGUCCCCACCCGUACGCCAAUUGCAGCACUGGCAAGCAUUUCGGCUGAAGAUGAAGACAUUGUUUUGGCCUCCGGAGAAGAAGGGAUUAUUUAUCGGCUUGAAAGCUACCGAGACAUGAGACCCAAGGAUAUGCCUGACUUUCGAUUUGCUAUGAAAGUGUGGGCCCAGGUCUCGUUCCCUGUUAUGAAGCUGCUAUUUGUGAAAAACCCCUACGAGACGAAGACUUAUGCAUUUGCGUGGAUCUGUCUGGGUGUCAAUGGCGAAGUUGCUCUCUUCCGUAGCCAAGAGUGUGUAAAGCAGUGGGAAGCUGCAUCAUUUCUCAGUACUCAAGACGUUGAGCCUACUUUUCCUGUCGAUUUAACUCAGUUAGAUAACGGCGACAACGAUUCACAACAAAGUGGAGCUGUCGUGUUCCCCGACAGAAUACACACCUUCUCAAUUGAGCAGUGGCUGAACAACACAUGCAACCGUGCGCAGACUUCCGCUUAA